AGGAUAUUCUGUGAAAUGAAGUGUUACCUGUGACGUUUAUCAGUCGAUAUUUUAUUAUUGAAUUUAUCAUUAAUUUGUAUAGAUACAAAUUUGAAUUGGUGUAGAAAAGUAGAAAACUUAACGCUACAUUUAUUCUAUUAUAAGGAUUUCUGGUAUCACCAGUCAUCAUGGAAAUAUCGGAAUAUGACCAAUAUGUACCUGAGAGAGAGCUUAACAUGAAUUUCAGAAUUCCCAGAAAGAGGACAGCCGAAGAGUCUUUCGGAGCCGCCAAUGAUUUUAGGCAAACUUCAUAUUAUGAUGGAAGUGCAACCAAAGUACCUGCUUAUGGCAAUGCUGGUCCUAGGCCCUCAAAUUACUCCAAUUAUAGAGCAAUGCCUGGUUCCCAAUUACCUGAAUUAAAUACCACUAAUAAACCACCCAUGAUGCCUGCCAAACAGAAUGUUGGUUUUGGUACCAAUCAGUACUCAAACCAGAACAACAUGGGAUAUAUAGAGUACCCAAAGAUGAAUUCACAGUCCACUUAUAAUUUCAACAAGAUUCGGGAUGAGCCCAGGGACGGUCCCCUUUGGCUUGGAGAUCCAACCAACAGCAAUUACUUCAGGGAAAACAAAAACCAGCCGUCGAAUUCAAACAGUGGUACCACGGGAAGAGAUUUAUCUUCCGAUGGGAUGUCUUUCUACAACAGAAACAGGGACGUUCCACUUUUGGGAACCAGAAGGCAAAAUAACGAGGGUGGACAAGGUGAUAAACCUUUGGGCUGGAAUAACACGAAUAGCGGCAGUUUCAGGGGAAACUUGGGUAGUGACAAUUAUUUCAGAGCCAACAACGAUUUUCGCGGAAAUCACAACGAUGGCAACAGUUUCAACGGGAAUUAUAGUGGGGGUUCCAGUCAAGGCUUCCAGAACAAAAGGGGAAAUUUUUCUUCAGAUUUCAGGAAGGAUAACAUGAUGUCAAAUCAGGAAAAAUUCGAUUUAGGCCAAGGGGGCUACAAUAGGGGUAUGCCGAAGAAACCCGGAGGUUUUAGAUUCAACGAAAACCAAAAGAAUGCCAAUAAUAGGUACUGGAACAAACCGGAGAGACCAAAACUGCCAAAACCAAAUAUUCCUCCCGUAACUAUUCCCGACGCAACCGAUAAUACUUUACCUAAGGAAUUGAGAGAAAUGUUCCAACCCCUGUUCUGUAAGCUCUGUUCUCUGCAGAUGACGAGUAACGUGAUGGCCAAGAUGCAUUACGUUUCUAAGAAUCACGAGAAGAAAAUACGUAAAUAUCUUGUGGAACAUGCGGAAAAGACCGGUGAGCCCCUUCAUCCUAGAGCAACUGUUACUGCCGCUGAAAAAAAGGAGAAAGAAGAAGAUAAAAAUCCCAGAAAUUUCUAUUGCGAAUUGUGCGACUUGCAAUUGACGGGGAAACAGCAUGCGGAUUCCCAUUAUAUGGGAAAGAGUCACAACGCAGUCCGGAUGGGAAAAAAAAGACCGGCAGGCAGGGGCACUUUUGAUCCAACUGGAAAAUGGGUCCGAAAAUCAAAAGAGGAGACUGUGUUGGCUGAGGGAGACGAUCCCUUCGGCCUGGAUUUCAGGAAGAAGCCGGAAGAGACCAAAGCACCCAGUACCGAAGGAGCGGUUCCCAAACCUCCUGGGAAAACCCGAGAACAGUUCACCUGUUCGUUAUGUUCGGUUUCUUGCGUAUCUCAGGAACAGCUCAAUAUUCAUCUGAGCGGUUCGAAGCAUAAGAAGAAGCUCAAGCUCAACGGUCUGUCGCUGGACAAUUUCGUACUACCCAAGGAUUCCGACAAGCAAGAGGGCAAUGUCGAAAAGACCGCAGAAAACGCAAUCGCCACCGACCAAGCGCUGAAGGUCAAAUACAUAACUCCGAACGGUUUUUUCUAUUGCAAAAGUUGCAACCUCACCGUCAACUCGGAGAUUCAGUUCAAGCAACACUUGGACAGCAAGAAUCACGCCAAGAAAGCCAACGCGAAGAAAACGGAGUGAAAUAGUAUUAAAUAGUAAUUUUCAUGGCACUUUAGGAAAGUGUUUGAAUUAGUUAUUUUAUCGAUACGAAUUGAAUUUGGUAGUUAAGGAUUAUGAUUUGUUUUUUAUGCACAAUAACCUUUUCGAUGUAACAAUAAAUGUCUCGAAGUUGA